AUGACGGACGCAUCCAAGCGAGCGAGCGCGCUCAAGCCGCUGCACCUCCCCGUCUUCGUCGACGCUUCCGCCGGUGUCGACAAGUCCUACAUUCCCGAGACCGACGAGCGCGGAUACACCAUCCUCAAGGGUGACGCACGCUUCGAUGUGACGCCCAAGCCUUUCCUCGCAAACGAGGACGCAGACGUCGGCCGCAAGCGCAAGCAGCGCAUCCCAUACCUCGAGGGCAUCCGCGGUCUCGUCGCAUUUCAAACACUGCUCUGGGUCUUUUUCCGCCUCUUCGCUCCUGCCAUCGUCACGGACCGCGACAUGGACGGCACCUUCCCGGCAGAAUUCACCAAGACCUGCCCUGCAUGGAUGAACGUACUGCGCAAGGUGCUCAGCCCGCUCAUGUUCAACGGCAGCCUCCAGGCCAACAUGUACAUCAUCCUCAUGGGCCGUGUCGGUCUGCAGACCUUCCUCGAGAGGAGGGACGGCCUCACGCUCGCGGGUCCCGGCUUCCGCCGCCCUUUCCGACUGAUCCUGCCGCUCGCCAUCGCACUUGCCCUCACCUCCGUGGUCGCCGUGCUCGGCGGCUUCAAGUACGCCAGCCAGAUGGCCGACAAGCUCAACAACCCGCUCGCACAGCCUCCCAAGGUGUGGGAGUCGACCGUCGUUUACGUCAACACUGUCGUCUCCUUCGUCUUUGCUCCUUACGCAUACACCACCUCGGUUGCCAGCACGUACAUGCCUCCCGGUGGCAUCAUGUGGUUCACCUCGGUCGUGUUCCAGCAGACCUACGUCCUGAUGGUGUACGCAUGGGUGCUUCCUUUCACCAUCUUCCGCUGGAAGAACAUCGGUCUGGUCAGCUUCAUCAUCCUCUCCGCUUGGAUGGGUCGCUGGUCGUGGUACACGCUUACGGGCCUCGCCAUCGCCGAGUACUCGACUGUCUACCUGCAGCUCAUCCCCGCCGAGGGCAUUCCGCUCAACUCUGCCAGGACCAAGUUCAUGAACCCCAAGCUCAUUCCCACCAUCUUCAUCGCGCUCGGCGUGCUGUUCAAGUACCUCUGGAUCUCUGCCUUCCCCUCGAUGUUCUACAACGACUACAUUGGUCACAUCGAUCUCAACACGGGUACGCUCAACCGUCACUGGGACUACAACAACAUCGCCUACCCGCGAUGGGACGACUGGUUCCUUGCCACUGGCCUGCUUGUUCUCGUCGAGCUUAGCCCGGCGCUGCAGCGUUUCUUCUCGGCUCGAGUCCUCACCUACUUUGGACGUCUCGGCUUCUCGAUUGCCAUGGUCUCGGGUACCGUCAUGCUCAGCCUUGGCAGUCUCUUCUACAGCCACCUCACCGAGAGCCUCGGCUGGACCAGCCCGGCAAAGAUCACGGCCGCCCUCUUCUUCUCGAUGGUUCCGCUCUCCGUGCUGGCAUGCGAUGUGUGGUCCAGGGUUGUCGACGACGCCUCGCUCGCGUUUGCCCGUGGCGUCUUCCACUUCUUCCGCACCUGA